UCUGAAUUCUUAAAUUUCUGUGCGCCAAGUUAAAUAUUUCUAAAGUACAGAAUUCGUCCUAAUUUGAGGAUUUCUCUACUGAGAAUGUAUUAAGUAUUAAGGUCUAAAAUUUUCAAAGAAUUUCGAUCAAAAUCAUGAAGCCAGUGGAUGAAAACGACGAAGAGUUUCUCCUGAAAGCUUUUACAGAAGCUGACAGAGAUAAUGACGGAAUGAUAGGAGUGAAGACUCUCACGCGAACGAUACGGAAUCUUCGCGAAAAUGUUGAAGAAGGAAAAGUUGCAGCUUUGCUCAAACGUUCAGGAAUUGAAGUCAACAAACAAUCUAACGACGAACCAGAGAUCAACUUUGGUAUAUUUUUGAAACUUUACCGGCAGCUAUCUAACGUGAAUGAUCAAGACGCUGAGCUGAAACGAGCCUUUGAAGAGUUCGACAUUUACAAGCGAGGCUACAUCGAGGGUUCAGGGAUCGAGCGUGUCUUGACGAAGUUAAACAUCGAGUACGCUAAGGAAGAGAUUGAACUUAUGAUAGAAGUUGCUGAUACGAAUGGCGAUGGAAAGGUCGACUGGGAUGAAUUCUUGCAGAUAUUCAAAAAUGGCGAAGAUAUUGAAGGAUAAAAACCGAAAGAUAAAAGAAUUCUAGUUUUACGUGAAACUAUAGAUUGAAUUUAGAAAUCGCUCACAUUAGCAAUUUCAUUUACUGAUGUAAAAGUUAAAGUUCUACAAGUUCAAAAAUUUUCGUUUCGAAACUGAUUUUUUGAAUUUAAAAUUUGUUUACAUGAAAAAGAAAACUGCUAAAAAUUUUGAACAGAUAGAAUUUGAGACUUUAACAUUGGAAUUUUAAUUUAAACCAAUUUUUUCACUCUGAGACACUGCUUAAAAAUUAAUUCUAACAUUCUAAUUUU